UGGGAGGAGAUGUAAAUUUAGGAUUACUAUCUUCCUCCUUGGCAAAGACCGAAAGGGUACUAUUGUGAUUAUCCUGUAACAAUUUCUUGUGAUCAAAAGCAUGUCGAGAUUUAAGAGAACAUAACCACCUCCUUCACAACAUGAAAAACCUCCAACAGCACACGACAUGAAUCUUGAUUGACUCCUUGCAUGCGUAUUGCAAUAUCUACGAUUUACCUUUCAUCUUUCUUUCCUUUUAAGAAAUAUGCUCUGAUUUCGAGAAAUAUAUCAAUCAAUUCCGAUUUCUCCACAAAUACACCAUCACCUUUCAAUUCUCUUUCCCUCCUUUGCCUCGUCACCCAAUUUCUUCCUUUUGGGUGUUGAUUGGUUUCUGGUGGGUCCCCAUCAUUCCUCUUCUCCCAUUUUCUUGGGAACUAUCAUUUUUGUGGGAGGCUUGGUUAGUUUAAUUUCUGGCGAGACAUGGGAGCUUGUUGUACCAAGGAGAGAUCGUAUGGAGGAGGGUACAUGGAGGAUGAUGGUGUGGCCCAUCGGAAUGAGUAUUACGAGGCUGAGGAGGAGGAGGAGGAUAAUGUAAGGUGUGGGGACGAUGGGGCCCGCAUAAGGUUGCAAGGGUGUUCUAGGAACAUUUCCAUGUACACCCAGCAAGGAAGAAAAGGGAUCAAUCAAGAUGCCAUGACAGUUUGGGAGGACUUUACUGAGAAAGGCAUGUACUUCUGCGGUGUGUUUGAUGGUCAUGGCCCCGAAGGGCACAAAGUUGCAAGAUGCGUACGUGACAAUUUACCCUCGAAACUCUCGGAAGUCAUCAAAAUUUACCAGCUCAACACUGGCAUAUUCAGCGACAUUGAUGUUGCCGGAAGCGAGAUCAAUGCAAACAACGGGAAUAAUCACGACAGGAAACGCAGUCGUGAUAUCUCUCUUCCGUCAUGGGAAGCCAGUUUUGUCAAAUCAUUCAAGGAAAUGGACGAAGAACUUAGCGUUGACAACACCAUUGAUAGCUUCUGCAGCGGUUCAACUGCAGUAACUGUAGUUAAACAGGGUGAUAAUUUGGUGAUUGCCAACUUAGGCGAUUCUCGUGCGGUUCUUGGAACUAGAUCAGGAGAAAAAAACCAAAUCGUUCCUGUCCAGCUCACGGUUGAUUUGAAACCUGAUACUCCAAGUGAAGCUGAGAGAAUUAUGAAAUGCAAAGGCAGGAUUUUAUCAGUGGAUGAAGAACCACAAGUGUAUAGAUUAUGGAUGCCGGAUGAAGAUUGCCCUGGUCUAGCAAUGGCGAGGGCUUUCGGGGAUUUCUGUGUCAAAGAUUAUGGCCUGAUCUCAAUUCCUGAAGUUUUCUACAGGAAGAUAUCAAGCGAUGACGAAUUUGUGGUCUUGGCAACUGAUGGGGUGUGGGAUGCUUUAACAAACACUGACGUGGUAAAGAUAGUUGCUUCAGCAAGGAAGCGAUCCAUGGCAGCAGAAUUACUAGUAAGGCGUGCGGUUAGAGCAUGGAAACGAAAGUUCCCAGCAUCAAAAAUUGAUGACUGCGCAGCUAUAUGCUUGUAUCUGAAAGACAAACCAGCUUCUUCAUUAACACAUUCCACAUCCCAAGUGAGCCGUCUGGGCAAAGUGAAUGACUCUGAGCUUUCACUUUCCUAUUAUAGCACAAGAUCGAACAUUGUAAGUGAUCAGGGAGGCACUGCAUCCGAGAUUAACAGCAAGAUGACGGAGGACUGGAAAGAUACUGUGUUGAAUUGUAAUGUCUCACAAGAUGCAAAGGAAGAGUUGAACGCCCUUAAAGAAGUUGAAAGAGUAAAUACCAUGUUGAAGCUUCCUCGAUUUUCUAAUGGUUUGAGUCGGAGGAAAACAUCAAGGGAUUACGAAGAGGUUCAAGCUCAUUGAUUAAUUAGCUUCCGUGAUGAGGCCUUAAACACAGCGAUUUGCAACCGCGGUUAAGGAUUAGCAACCAACAAUAUUCAUCAAACAUCUCUCGGCAGGUGCAGUUCCAGCUUCCUGCCAAAUUUGAAAGAAAAAGUGCAGCCACAAAUUCUGGUUUUAGAAUUGGCUAGGGGAAAACAGUACAUGUAAAUAUUUGUCUAACCAUGAAGUGUCAACGAGGAAUACAAAAUUACUGAUAUAUUAUAUAUGAGAAGUGUGAAGUUGGCUUCUACCUUAAAAUUUUGUUUGGUGUCACGGUCACAACGUCGUGUAGUGUUAUUCACCCAGAUAAACAAGUGGAUUGAAAAUUGAAAAUACCAAAAAUUAAUAUGAGUCUGUAAGUUGGUAGAAGAACAUAGGCUUCUUCUCCCUCUUUGGCCGCGACAUAUAAGGCACAGGCUCUCUCUAGCCUCUCUUGUGCUACUACUAUUGCAUCUCCCGAUGGCUGACCGGUCGAGUCUUCCUCAAGACCUUGUUACCUCUAUCGCUUAGAAGGGUAGUUUCAAUGGAGGAUUUUGGUUGCUCUUGGUGCAGUUUGCAAGUCAUGGAGAUCAGUUGCAACGAAAAACAACUUUACCAGUCGAUCAAGGCAUUUUCCAUUGCUUAUGUUUGCAUCUCAUCAGUAGGAUUGUAUCAUCUGUGAGGUUUACAGUAUGAAAAAAAGGCAAUUAUUAAGAACUUUGUCUCCCAGAAGUUGAUCAGUCCCUAGGAUGGUUGCUGACUUUAUCUAAACCGGAUAAAGAAACAAGAACUAUUAUGUUGCA